CACCAAACUCUGAUCUUUUGGACUCCAAGAAGAAAGCCUCAGAGCUCCAUUAAUGGAGGUUCUUAUGACUCCGGCGGGAACGCUGCACCAAUCUCCCUCCAGACUGCAUUUCCUCAAGCCUUGUCACAAUUUCGUCAACUCCACCUUCAAAUUCAAGCCUCAACACCUCUACACAUCCCGCAACCGCUCCAGAACCCAACUCCCUCCUCCGUUAACCUUAAUAAACUGCAAGCUGAAAUCCUCUGGAGAAGUCAUGAAGCAGAACGCUUCUAAGAAGAUUGAGCUGUGGAAUUCCGCUCCGCCGCUGUCCGAGGAGGCGGAGAAGAACGGCGGCAGCGGGAAGGAGGAGGAUCCCGUCAAGGCUGGGAGUGGAAGUAGUGCGGUGUCGCGGUCGGUGAAGAAGUUGUCGAGGAAGGUUUUGUCUCUGCUGUCUAAUUUGCCUCUGGCCAUCGGAGAAAUGUUCGUGAUUGCUGCGCUUAUGGCUCUUGGUACAGUGAUUGAUCAAGGUGAGACACCGGAGUACUAUUUCCAGAACUACCCGGAAGAGAGUCCUUCAUAUGGGUUCAUUACGUGGAGAUGGGUUCUCGCCCUUGGUUUUGAUCACAUGUUCUCGUCUCCUGUUUUCCUGGCAACUUUGGCGCUUCUCGGGGCUUCUCUAAUGGCUUGCACGUACACAACUCAGAUUCCCCUCGUUAAGGUCGCAAGAAGAUGGAAAUUCAUGGACUCACCUGAGGCUGUUCGUAAGCAGGACUUCUCCGAAACAUUGCCCCAGGCGUCAGUUCAAGAUUUGGGUGUGAUCCUGAUGGGAUCUGGAUAUGAGGUUUUUCUUAAGGGGCCACGUCUAUAUGCAUUUAAGGGUCUCGUGGGUCGGUACACCCCAAUUGGAGUACACUUAGCCAUGCUGCUGAUAAUGGUGGGUGCAACUCUUAGCGCCACAGGAAGCUUUAGGGGAUCGGUUACAGUUCCACAAGGGUUGAAUUUUGUUGUAGGAGAUGUGCUGGGACCAAGUGGGUUUCUCUCCUUUCCCACUGAAGCUUUCAGCACUGAGGUUCACGUCAACAAGUUCUCCAUGGACUACUAUGAGAGUGGAGAGGUUUCGCAGUUUCAUACGGACCUAUCACUGUUAAAUCUUGAUGGGAAGGAAGUUAUGAGGAAAACAAUCAGUGUGAAUGAUCCUCUACGUUAUGGCGGGUUUACAAUUUAUCAGACUGACUGGAGCAUUUCAGCAUUGCAAGUAGUCAAAGAUGGGGAAGGACCUUUCAAUCUGCCAAUGGCGCCACUAAAAGUAAACGGGGAUAAGAAACUCUACGGGACAAUCUUACCAGUUGGGAGUAUUGAUGCUCCUAACGUCAAGGGAAUAUCAAUGCUUGCUCGUGAUCUACAGUCCAUUGUGUUGUAUGAUCAAGAAGGGAAAUUCGUUGGAGUUCGACGACCUAACUCCAAGCUUCCAAUUGAGAUUGAUGGGAUGAAAAUUAUUAUUGAAGAUGCAAUUGGAAGCAGCGGUCUUGAGCUUAAGACUGACCCUGGAGUUCCAGUAGUGUACAGCGGAUUCGGUGCUCUAAUGCUCACAACAUGCAUCAGCAUCUUAUCACAUGCACAGAUAUGGGCUUUACAAGAUGGAACGUCAUUGGUUAUUGGAGGCAAAAGCAACAGGGCGAAGGGUGAGUUCGGAGGGCAGAUUAACCGAAUGCUUGAUCAAGUACCAGAGCUGGUCGAGUCAUCAUCAUCGUCGGUCACUAAGCAAUCUAAAGACAUGGUCGCUGCAGCCUCCUUCACUGAUCCAAGUGCCAGACCCAGUUGAUCGCAUCCCGCUAGCUAGGGUCAGUGUCUAGUUCUUGGGGACCUUGAAUCGCAAGGAAAUGUGCAUGCAUGCAAGCAUGGUUCAUACUUCAUAGGGAGAGCUGUUAGAGGUUUUGAAAAGUUGUGCAGAGAGAGCCAUAAAGGGUCCUACAAAAUACUGGUUAUGGCAUAUACAAGCUUCCACCCGAGGAUUGAAGACGGCCUAAGACGAGUAUUUUUCUCUGUGUUUAUAUCAACUGUAAACCAAGAAUGGAAGGAAAUUGUUUGAAUGUAUAGUUAAAGAGGGCUAGAUUUCACCCAUUUUCCAGUACAUCAAAGAAAAGAGAAAAACAAAUGAACCCAGCUCCAACUGCCUUCCUUUCAUUCUUAUUAUACAGAGUGAUUACCCCCAAGCUCGUAUCACUGAAGAUAUUCCCAGACUACUCCUAAUCAAUAACCCUUGCCGUCGGAAUCUGAUGAUAAUGAAAUCAUGGGAAAAUCUUGCGCCUCCGUCGUGGAGUCUCUCGCUUCACAUAUACUUUCUCUGUCUCGUUUAGAGGUCGGCUGGAGCCAUCUGGUAAACUUACAAACUUCCAGCCACCGCCACCUCCACGCUUUCCUUGAGGGCCCAUUUUCUCCACCGUGAAGUUCCAGCCUUCAGAUGGGCGCCGCCUACUAUAUUUGUGGCAUUUAACCUUCCCAGCAAUUUUCAUUUUGUUGAAUUCCAUCCUCUGGACAAACUCUUGGUACAGCAUUUCAUCUUCUUUCAUGGAUAUCUCAUAGUGGACUUCAUCUGGAUCCCGAGUUGUACCAUCCCAACCCUCGGGCAUCACCUUGAAAUCAGGUUUGUAAGGAAGAGAUGCUACAUGAAACUCUCUGUCAUGGGAAUUGAAAAAUUCUGGGCAGGUAUCAAGCAAAAGUUCGACUGAGUCAUCGUGGAUACGACCACGCUUUCUCUCCUCUUCCUCCUCUUCCUUGAGCCAGAGAAUGGCAUGCACUCUCUGCCUCAUGAUUCUGUAGUCCUUGGCAAGCUUCUCAACAGUGUACACUUCAGGGUUCUCUUUGUGCAACCGAUACAUCUCUGCCUUCUCUGAAUCCUUAAGAUAAGAUCCUCUAGCACCAGGCUCCUCUACUUGCUUCAACAACCCACUUAUUUCGCGUAAUCUCUCCCCCCAUCCAUUAACAAAAGCCCUCCCUUUCUUGUUCUCUGCAUCCAGUUCGUUUAGCUUAUCAUCAAGAUCCUGCAACUCAGAUAUCUUCAACGACUGAGAAGCUGUGUUUUCCUUGCCAGUUGAACUUGCCAUCUUGCCAACCAUCUCCCCAUCAAAAUGAUCCUUGGUCAAUCCAGUUGACCAUGAUGAAACAGAGUCCCAUCCCAGAUCAUCAGACCCGGUCGAACCGAAGGACGAUCCACCUGCAGCAGAAUUUUCCCAAUCGUUCGUUCCCUGAUUUCCACCACCACCACCACCACUACCGCCCGACUGUAAAGAAAAGCCACGUGCCCUAAUGAAUUGACUUGCUUCAGCACCAAAUGCAGAUGUAGCACUUGUUUCCUUUAGAAAUCUCGAUGCAGGUGUACUACUGCACACCGUGGUUGAGGAUAACCGAGAUAUUACGCGGUGAAUAGUGUGCAUAUCUGCAGUAAACUACCCUGGAUGGAGCAAAUGAAAAUCUCAGCACCACAACAGAAGCUCAGAAGUAACC